CACAGGCGUACAUAUUUCUAAAUUCCAUUUGCCACAUGUUACAUCACAGUUUUCCUAAUCCAAUAAUCCCAAGGUCAAUUUAAGCGAAGCGGUGGUGAAACUCGGCAUUAAUUUCCUUUCGUUUCAUCCUAUUUCCUUCCUGUGCCGGGUGCCGCCUUCCACCUCUGAGGCACACUUACUCACGUGGAAUCGACUGUGAACCGCUUAGCUGCCUCCCUAAGGAACGUGUUGACUUUGCUUUUAGAAUGACUUUUAUAAACUUUUUGAAUCGUAACAUUUUCUUUGAAUAAAUUGAAUAAGUACGAGUCCAUGCGUUCCGUUGAGGUAUUCCUUUUCCAUUCCUGUACACUGGUGUGAACAUAAAAUUAUUUAUGUCCAAACCAGUGGGUACACAAAGGGCGUGCCUCCAACGUGUUUUCUUUACAGCAAUGUAAUAGAGUAACCCAAAUAUAUUUUUGAUGCAAAAUAAUCAACAAUUUAAUUCCGUCGAAGUACAAAGUAUACCUAAAGUGUUAUAAAAUAUAUAAAAAAGUGAACUACAUGAACAAUAUGUACUGGAUUUAAAAGUGAUAAAAUGAUGCUUGUGACUGAUAAAAAAACGGGACAGUUUUGUGUGGAAAGUGUUAAAAUUAAAACGAUAUGGGAUGACUCAUAGUGCAAAAAUUUAUGUGCAACCCACUAUCCGAUCCGAAGAUGAUGCGCGAAAUUCACGACAGUGCUGGGGCAGGCGCCGGCGGCGCGAUGGAGGAAAGCGAGGGCGGAGGGAGUGGGGUUGCCGAGGUCGAUAUGGACGAGUGCGGCUCCCUCGCGCUGCCUCCCGACCUGCCCCCAUACUCCGGUGACUAUAUUAUCAGCGAUUAUAUGGAGCGCCUAGGAACGCGCCUCAAUAUUCUUGAAACAGAACUCAAAUACGCUUGGCGGGCUCUCGAUCUGCUCAGCCAAGAAUAUGUCAGGAUGUGGGAACGACUAGAGCGGCUUGAGGCGUUGUUAGCAGAUCAACAAGGUGUAAUAUCAACUUUACUCGACUUUUACACAUGUCGGACUGUCGCUGCAAGGGAUCCAAUGACUCGUCUCGAAGUGAUAAGGGAAAUAUUAGGAAAUGGCACGGUUGAAGAUGGUAUAGAAGAAGGAUUAGAUGUGGGACGAAGUUCCGUACUAUUAGUUCCUCAGGAAGAAGUUAUGGAAUCAAAUGAAGCGUUCUAUAAAAGUUUAAACCAAGCGUACAGAGACGAUUUGGUUUGUGAUGAAGUGUCAAGACCUCCUUCGCAGUUAGACAUGAUUUGGGAAGCGCCAGAGGAAGCUGAAAUCGAAAUUAUUCCCGCUGGCUCGAGACAAAUAUACAGUGCAAACGAUUAUAAAGAUUAUCGUGGACUACAGGGUGGACCCGGAAUUAGCGAAAGAGACUUGGUGCAUUUAUCUACUUUAAGUACAAUAGAUCAAAUUACAGUAGAUAAAUUACACGAAUUAGAUAGGCUGACAAACCAAUUACAUAAAGAUUCCAGAGAAUUAAAAGACUUGAAAACUAGGCUUCGAAGCCCUGAAACAAAAAUGACAUCCAAAAUGGACAGAGAUAUAGAAGCCAAGACUUUAGUCGAAGAUGGCAAUAUAAUAAAUGAACAACUCAAGAGUGUAUAUGCUGGUGGUGAAAGCUGGGCUAUUAAUGACAUGAUGAAAAGUUUUGAUGAUUUUAUGUUAACGAUGCCUAAAGAGUCAAUGGUGAGAGAAAAAUCUCCAUCAAGACUGUCCCUCGUAGAUAAUGCUGCAACAGACAGAAUCGAAUACUUACAGCCAAAUCUCUCACCUCGCAGAAAAUACGUACCAGAGAGAACAACUACAGAGCCCUACACAACGGUGACCGGUCGCUUAGCGUACAGUUCAGCAGUAGCCAACGCAGAAAUAAAUGCGGCAAAAGCCUCUAAAUCUCCAAGUGCCCUUUCCAGAGAAAGGUUUGAGUAUAGUUCUUCCUAUCAAAUAAGUGAUACUGCAAGGUCUGGUUAUUAUUCUAGUAAAGGUAUGUCUCAACCGUUAAGUGACAUGUAUAAAACGAGUGCAGAACAACAUUCCCCACUUUCGAUGCAUGAAAUCUAUAACGGUCCUACUGAUAAUAGAUUAGAAUUAGGUUACGAAGAUACUAGAUUACGAAAAUCCCCAAGCCCUCCACCUCCCGCCCCACCAAAUGGAGCAGAUUUAUUCCCUUCUAUUGAAAAUAAUAAUGAUUUACCCUCGCACCAAGCAAUGUUAACCGCUGGGAGUACCCUUCCUCCUGAUAAUAUGCGAUUGAGCCCAAGGUCACCAAAAUCGCCAAAAACAUCACCUAAACAUAUAAAAAGGGAUAGCGCUAAUAUCGUAGCAGCAAAGUCUGACUCAGGCCUAUCCUCUAUGAGCGGAUGGUCAAGUUUAGAAAAAAGUCCUGGUUCCCCUAAAACGGGGCGUGUUGUGCAUAGUAGUCAUGAUUCCCAUAAAAUGAGAAUUUCUUCACCUCAAUCGGCUCAAAGAAUGUCUUAUGAGCUAGAGUCUAAACCGUACUUAGAGACUUUAGUAGAUUCCUACUUAUAUGAGGAUAAGAGCUUAAAAAGCGAUUACAGCUUGCGUAAGAUUGAUCACCUCACAAAAGAUGUAUGCAAUUCUAGGGACUUAAGUAAAUUGCAAGGUAAAAUUGAUAGUGAAUUUUUAAAGAGUGACUUACAAUAUUCUAUGGCUGAGCAAAUGACUCAAGUUACUAAUAUUGGUGAAUAUUAUUAUGGUAACGAAGCUCCUUCAAUUUACUCUGUUGCUGGAAAUAGACAGCCAAUAUUUACAACUGUGUAUAGUACUCCGCGGGGAAUGUUGUCUGAAGAUAGCAGUUUUUCCGAAUUAUUAGAUAGAAAUGAAAUGCCGGAACCUGUUCCACGGCCUGCAGUUGAUUCAUAUCCACCCGAACCUAGUUACCAUGCCCAAACUGUUGUACUAUCCGCUGCGAAUGCUAACAAACGACCACUCACUAGGGCUAAUACUAUGGGAGUUGGAGAUCCUCAUUAUUAUCAAAAUGGAUAUAAAGUGACCGGUCAUCGUACAGGCUAUCCGACAAGUAACUUAACAGAUGCUCUUUCUUAUUAUCCGACAUCGAGUAGAUAUGAUUCUCCAAAAAGAACUUCUUUGGAAGACCAACUUUCUUGGCAAGGCGGGAGCAGAUCUCCUACGAGUUCCAUGGAAACAUCUAGCUUAAAAUCACAUUCACUGAGCAUUACUGAAAGAAAGCAGUUUCAAAACCAAUUACAACAAGAAUAUUUUAAGCAACAACAAUACGAUCAACGGAAUGGUAAUAUUAUGUACGAGGGCCAAGCAUACGAGAAACAAAUCACAGAGCAUUCGAAACUACGAAAAGAACAGUAUGUAGAUUCAAGUGGUGUUUUAGUUUCAGAAUCAGGAUAUUUAUCAAUUUCAACUAACUUGAAAGGAAAAACACAAGAUAAGCAACCAAAGAAACCAAAACGGACUUCUUCGUUGAAAUCAGCUAUGUCUUCCAUGAGCCACUGGCUACCAGAUUUACACUUGCCUAAAAAACAUAGAUCACACUCUUUACCUUCCGGUGUAGAUACAGUAGAACAGACCCAACAACAAGAAAAGUCACUGAAAGAGAGAAUAAUGUCCGCACAGAGGAGAAAAAAGAAGUAUCAUUUAGUGGCUUCGAUGUCGGGUUUAUUACAAAAAGCUAGGAGAAAACAUCAAGCUAGCCAUCAAUCAUUAUCAGAUCCAGAAACAUCCGAAACGGAAUGGUCAGGUGGCCGAUCUAGUGCACAAUCAGAGGAUAGUGAUAGUGUAUUUUCUGACUCUACGCACGAAAAUAACGUAUUUGCAAAGGUAGCUCCUAAACCAAAGCAGAGAAAAGUAAAUAAUCAAGAAAUUGUAGAACAACAGCAAAUUAUUCAAGAGCUGCAAGAAAAAGGGUUGGAAUAUGAAAAUGAUGAAGAGACAGAAUGCAUAAUCGAAGAACCCGAGAAAUUCCCGCCAAUGACCACAGCCCUACCACGCGACAAAAGUGAUGACAUUGAUUUUCAUUUUGCUCGUGUUAGUCAAAUGAAAAAAGAUAACAUUCAAGAAUUAGAAAAACUAGAUAUCGACACUGACAUUUCAAAUGUUGAUCUAUUUGAAGAAGAGGAUAAAGAAUCUAACCAGUCUCCUGCGUCACUUUUUGCGACCAUCGGUGAUGUUAAAAAAGCAUCGGUAGCACCGGAAGAAGGAACUUCUGAAAACAAUAAACCCUAUAGUGGUAGUUCACAGGAGUUUGCAGUGUCGAGAGCAUUAGGAAAGUACCGUCUAAGAAAGUCGACUUCUAUAACUGAUGAUCAAAUAAGUGAUACGUCUCCUCCUAAAUCAGAGCCAGAAGUUCAAGAGCAGACCCCUGAAGAAGUUGUUACGCCAAAGGAAACAGCAAUACGCAAAUCAGGUACACCAGAAAUAAUUAGCAGUACUGUGGCAGAAGAAGCAACUAUGUAUACAGAAAGAAGCCCUUCAAUUCAAAGUUCACGGGGCCUACCAAAUAAAUUUCAACCACGACAUCAACAAAGUUUGGAAAUACCAAAUAAACACGAUGAUGACGAUAGCCGAAGCACUCAUUCUUGGAGGAGUGGAUCUCGAGUUUCCUCAAGGAGACAAAGUACAGAGGACAGUAUUGAUUCCGAAGACGAAUGGUAUUGUUACGAAUUAAGAAAACUGGAGGAAUUAGAACAUCAAUCCCAGUUAGAAGCUGAAAGGCAACAAACAUUGACAGAAGAGCCAGAGAUCGAAGAGAUAUCUGAAGAGCCAAGUGAAAAAUUGAAAGAGAAAAUGUCCUACGUAUUAAGAGAGUUGAAAUUAAAAACGGCAACAGUUAAAAAUAAAUAUGAUGAAUCUCCUGUAAAAGACACUUGGAAAGAUAUUACAACAUUCCCUGCGAUUGAAGAAACCACCGAUGAUAUGGGUGAAGAAGAAAAAGAAUAUGAUGACGAUAAAUCUUACGCUGACGACUCAGGAUCAGGCGAAACGUCGGGCCCUGACAGCCCAGUAAUGAGUGGCGAUGAACUUGACGACGACUAUGACAUGCCUCAGAUCCAUCAAGAACCUACCCCAGUGCAGGAGCCGCCUCCUCAGCAAGACGCUCCGGUUGGCAGUAAAUGGAAACUCCUGAAGGCGCUCAAGGACCGCAAGGCCGAAGAAAAGACAUCAGACACACCUGCCGCGACGACGCCAUCCACCGAGAAGGACAAAGUGAGCGCAGGUAAUGGCUCCGGCGGCUUCAACGACCAAGGCGGAAGAGGAAAUGGGCACCCUGGAGACAACCCGUUCUACAGCAACAUCGACAGCAUGCCUGACAUCAGACCCAGGAGAAAAUCGAUCCCGCUGGUCUCCGAGCUCGUUCUCAAGACAAUGGCUGCCACGAAGAGGAACGCAGGUUUGACAUCGGCUGUACACCGAGCUACAUUAAACGACGAAGAAUUGAAAAUGCACGUUUAUAAGAAGACAUUACAAGCUCUCAUCUACCCCAUAUCAUCGACUACCCCUCAUAAUUUCGUACUGUGGACGGCCACGUCCCCCACAUACUGUUACGAGUGUGAAGGAUUACUUUGGGGCAUAGCCAGGCAAGGAGUCAGGUGUACAGAGUGCGGUGUCAAAUGUCACGAGAAAUGCAAGGAUUUGCUCAAUGCUGACUGCCUACAAAUGUGUUUCGCAGGGGCGGCCGAGAAGUCAUCAAAGCAUGGCGCUGAAGAUAAAGCUAACUCCAUCAUCACAGCGAUGAAAGAAAGGAUGAAGCAACGUGAACGAGACAAGCCAGAAAUCUUCGAGUUAAUUAGACGCGUGUUCAGCAUCGAAGGAGAGCCGCACGCAGCACACAUGAGCACCGUCAAGCAAUCAGUCCUCGAUGGCACCUCAAAAUGGAGCGCGAAGAUCGCCAUCACAGUUAUUUGUGCUCAAGGGCUGAUUGCGAAAGAUAAGAGUGGAACUUCGGAUCCCUACGUCACCGUCCAAGUGAGCAAAGUGAAGAAGAGGACGAGAACGAUGCCGCAAGAAUUGAACCCGGUGUGGAAUGAGAAGUUCUACUUUGAGUGCCACAACUCCUCGGACCGGAUCAAAGUUAGAGUUUGGGACGAAGACAACGACCUGAAAUCGAAGUUACGUCAGAAGUUGACAAGAGAAUCGGACGACUUUCUGGGCCAAACUAUCAUCGAGGUACGGACAUUGUCCGGUGAGAUGGACGUCUGGUACAACCUGGAGAAAAGAACAGACAAAUCAGCUGUAUCGGGAGCUAUUAGGCUGCAUAUCAACGUGGAAAUUAAAGGAGAGGAGAAGGUCGCGCCUUAUCAUGUUCAAUACACAUGCCUUCACGAGAACCUGUUCCACUACCUUUGUGAGGAGAAUGGGGGUGCUGUGACGUUGCCCGCUGCGAGAGGAGACGAUGCUUGGAAGGUCUACUUCAAUGAGAUACCUGAAGAGAUCGUCGACGAGUUUGCCAUGAGAUACGGAAUUGAAGCCAUCUAUCAGGCUAUGACACAUUUCCACUGUCUCUCAACGAAGUACCUGUGUGCGGGUGUCCCAGCUGUCAUGUCGACCCUUUUGGCGAACAUCAAUGCGUACUAUGCUCACACGACCGCGUCAUCCGCUGUAUCCGCUUCCGACCGCUUCGCCGCCUCUAACUUUGGGAAAGAGAAAUUCGUCAAACUUCUGGACCAACUGCACAAUUCUCUUCGGAUUGAUCUGUCCAUGUACCGCAACAACUUCCCCGCCUCAAGCGCUGAGAAACUCAUGGAUCUGAAGUCUACAGUCGAUCUGCUGACCAGCAUAACGUUCUUCAGGAUGAAGGUCCAAGAGUUGAGCAGUCCACCUCGAGCCAGCACAGUUGUGAAAGAUUGCGUGAAGGCGUGCCUGCGAUCCACUUAUCAGUUUCUGUUCGAGAAUUGCUAUGAGCUUUACAACAGGGAGUUUCAGGUGGAUCCAAAUGAGGCCAAACGCGACCCAUCAGACCAUGGUCCUCAGUUGGAUUCAGUGGAUUUCUGGCACAAACUGAUCGCCUUGAUCGUAUCUGUAAUAGAAGAGGACAGAAACAGUUAUGCUCCCGUCUUGAACCAGUUCCCGCAGGAGUUAAAUAUUGGACAGCUUUCGGCGGCGACAAUGUGGUCGCUGUUUGCUGUGGACAUGAAGUAUGCGCUGGAGGAACACGAACAACACCGACUCUGCAAGUCUUCCGCCUACAUGAACCUGCACUUCAAGGUCAAAUGGCUCCAUACGAACUAUGUGAAGGAUGUACCACCGUAUUGCGGCGCGGUGCCGGAGUACCCCGCCUGGUUCGAACCAUUCGUGAUGCAAUGGCUGAAUGAGAAUGAUGACGUGUCUCUGGAGUACCUCAACGGAGCCUUUAAUAGAGAUAAGAGGGACGGGUUCCAAAAAUCUAGCGAGCACGCGCUAUUCAGUAAUUCUGUGGUGGACGUCUUCACCCAACUGACCCAGUGCUUCGACGUAGUCUCCAAGCUGGAGUGCCCCGACCCUGAGAUCUGGAAGAGGUACAUGAAGAGGUUCGCGAAGACCAUCGUCAAAGUCCUUGUGGCGUACGCUGAUAUAGUAAAGAAGGAGUUCCCUGAACAUUUGAAGGAGGAAAGAGUGGCAUGUAUCCUGAUGAACAAUAUCCAACAACUGCGAGUCCAACUGGAAAAGAUGUUCGAAGCAAUGGGCGGCACCAAACUGGAGCGAGACGCGGCCGACAUCCUGCACGAUCUACAACAGAGUCUGAACAGUACUUUAGAUGAACUGGCUUCUAUGUUUGCAAACAGUUUGGAGACGCGCAUCACGGCGAGCGUGAAGGAGCUGGGCGAGCUGCUGCAGAAGGUGGGGGGCGGGGGGGCGCCCGGCGCGCCGCAGCCGCCCGCGCACCACGAGGCCGACGAGGUGCUGCGACCGCUCAUGGACAUCUUGGAUGGUUCGCUGACGAUGUACGCGGAGUCGUGUGAGAAGACUGUACUCAAGCGACUGCUUAAGGAAUUGUGGAAGAUCGUCAUGAAGAUAUUGGAGAAAACUGUUGUGCUUCCGCCUAUGACUGAUAAAACGAUGAUGCUGAAAAACCUAACGAACAACGCGAAGAACUUAGCAGCGAACGCUAAGAUCGAAGACAUGACCCAACUGUUCAAGAGCACUGUCGGGAAACAAGACGUCAAGCACGCACUCUCCGGUGUCAUGGAUAUAUCUAAAGAGCAUUUAUCAGCGGAAAAGAGUUUGACGCCGAAGCAAUGCGCAGUACUAGACGCUGCGCUUGACACGAUCAAACUGUACUUCCACGCGGGAGGCAACGGGCUCAAGAAGACGUUCCUCGAGAAGAGUCCAGAGCUGCAGUCGUUAAGAUACGCACUCAGUCUGUACACGCAGACCACUGACACGCUGAUCAGGACGUUUGUUACCAGUCAACAGAAUCAGGACGCUGCGGUUGCAGAGGAGGGCAGCGUUGGAGAAGUGUCGCUUCAGGUCGAUCUGUUCACGCAUCCUGGCACCGGAGAACACAAGAUCACUGUCAAAGUGGUAGCAGCGAACGACCUGAAGUGGGUGAUAGCGAGCGGUAUGUUCCGUCCGUUCAUCGAGGUGAACCUCAUUGGGCCGCACCUCGCCGACAAGAAGCGCAAAUUCGCCACCAAAUCCAAGAGUAACAACUGGAGUCCGAAAUUCAACGAGACUUUCCACUUCAUGGUGAGCGCCACCGAGCAGCUGGAGUUGUUCGAGCUGCACGUGUGCGUGCGCGACUACUGCUUCGCGCGCGAGGACCGGCUCGUCGGCGUCGCGGUCAUGCGGCUCGCUGAUAUCGCCGAACAGGGUUCGUGCGCUUGCUGGUUGCCGCUCGGCACACGAGUGAAGAUGGACGAGACCGGAUGGACGAUCCUCAGGAUACUGUCCCAGCGGCACAGCGAUGAAGUGGCUCGGGAGUUCGUAAAGCUCAAAUCCGAAAUGAGAGCCGAAGCGCCCACCGGCCAGGGACCCUCGUGAAGCAUGUAAGGACCAACCACGUGCCACAGCAUUCAGCAAAACGCUCAACCAACUCGAGGACUGCGAACGACGGAGCAGUCGCGAGCUCCUACCGACCAACAGGGACAGGCAUACGAGCCGCACGAGCGGUGCGAGUGAGACAGGAGACGGAGUAUCAAGCUGAAAUGACACUCGGCGCUCCGGCAGUUCCCGGUCAGUGCUCGUUCGUUUAAUUUCAAUGACGAAGCGUUUUGUAUAUAAAAGAAACGAUUACCGUGUUAAGUUACGCGAAUAGUAGAAUAUUUUGCACAAAUUAAUAGCAGAAAAGACUGACCGUAGGCGGCCGCGGGCGCCGCGACGUCCUCCGCUGUUAGACAUUCAGCAAACUAACUGAUCCCUUUGACAUUCCUACGUUUGCGCAACUCGUUUCUUCACCUAUUCACAAUGUUUUUCUUUGCUGAAUGCCUAAAACCGUGGACGCGUAUUACACGAUAUAAUGUAAUAAUAUUUAUAUGGACCAAAAUGUCGUAAAUACGGAUGCAUUACUCCCUAACCCUUAAUGUUAACAACAUUAUUUAUCUUAAUAAUCAUCUACUCGUUAUACGUGUACAGUAUAAUAUAUGGCCUUAUGUAAAUUAUUUCCUUCGUUUGUUGAAUAAUCUUUUGCUUACGUCGAGUCGGGUAUGGGUGUUGAGUGUCGAGAUGUAUUCAUAUUGCGUGGUGUAUAGAAUGCGUAUUGCGUAAAGUAUAGGGUGUUCUAUAAAAAUGGAUUUAAUAUAGUUAUAGCUGUGGUUAAAAUGUCAUCUUUUUGUAUUGUUUUGUCGUGUCCCGUUAUCAAUGUGGUCCGUUGCAGAUGUAAAUAACAAAAAUAUAAAAUGUUGUUUAUGAACUUGUAUCAUCUUCGCUCUUAUUUUAUAGCUUGGCCUGUUUCAAAGUGUAAUCUAAAUUUCCAAUGUCUUUUUGUAUAUUAUUGAAAAAUUGUGAUAUUGUUAUAAUAUGAUAUACAUCAUAAUUGUCGUGGAUAUAUAUUUAAAUCUGUUUUAGGUGUACUGUACGUGAUUCAGAUGUUGUUAACAGUGGCUUCUGUCGAUCUUCUCGUGUUUUUUCUACAUUUUCUAUACAUUUAUUUGAAUAGGUACAUUGUCAUUUUAUAUUCGGAGUUGUUUUCAUCAAAUGUUUUAUAAAAAUAUCUUUUUUUAUCUUUUUAGUAUUUUUUAUCCUGCACAGGGUUUGACAAAUCUUGUUUGUUGUUUUAGUUUAAUCCAAUUUUCACUUGUAUAAUUUUAUAAUUUGUAACUAAAAUUUCAUUGUAAGGCCCCAGUGCUCAAAAAUAAUUUGUUAAGGCUAUAUUCAUAUAACAAUGACUAAAUGUUGGUUUUUUAAACGAUUAAAUUAAAAUAUAAAAUUUAAAAAUAUCACUGUCCAAAAACUCAAAACACAUUGUUUGAAAAAUUAUCACAUAAAUAGUGUGUGUGCGUUUUCAAUUUCACACAUUAAAAUCUCAAACACUAAUAUAAGUAAAAUGUGGCCAAUGGAAUAAAUUCAAGGUUAGCACCAAUUGUAAAUUGUAACUUACGUACCUAAUUUUUAAAUAGGUUUUUGUAAAUUUGUUUCUUUUUAUAAAAAUUAAAAGACAAAAAAAUAUCUAUUUUAUAAUCAAGUACGUAAAUUUUUAUUAAUAUUUAUUUACAAAAGUGAACUUGAAAAUGCACACGAUGUGUAGUGCAGGCACAUCACACCGACACGGGACUUUAGAUUUUCUAUACCUAUAUUAGCAUUUUAUCAUGGAUUACAUAUCUGUAGAUAGAGAAUGUGGUUUGUCUAGUCCAAAUCUCAAUAUAUUACAUAUAUAUUUACUCGUCUUACUAAAUAAAACAUAAAUAUCUUUUGAUUUCCAAAUAUGUGUUGGUAAAAUUAAAAGGAUAACUUCAAACUUCAAACAUUUUUUCUUAAAAUUUCAAUGGAAUUGGAAAAUAACAGAAAAUAUCGCAUUUAUCAUUUUUAAUUCAAUAAAAUAAAUGUAUAGUUAUAUUGGAAAUUGUAUUCUUUUUAAUUUUAUCAACACAAUUUUUCCAGUUGACUGAAUCUGUAAAACUAUAGUAUAGUGAGAUGUAACUGCAAUCAAUGUUGACGUUUUACUCGUUGUGAUACUAGAGACUCUAUUCAAUGUAUUAAUGUGCAAUAUCGAUGGCACAUCAUUAUUCCAUGCAAAAUAAACAUAAUAAAAAAAAUAUCUACUAUAUCUCUUAGAUUUCUUUAUCUGCUACCAGACUUCUUCCAAUUUUUAUUUAGAUGAAAAGCUAUUUGUUUUCGUUAAAUUAUGCCUAAUUAAAGUCAAAGAUGUCUUAUAACAAGCAUUCAAAUAUUAUUUAUAACUUAAUAAAAAAAAAAAACUUAUUUUUAAUUUUCUAAAUUAAAGUCUUUAAUUAGAUAAAUUUCAAAGGAUUAAGAUCUGUUACAUUCUUUAUCAACAGCCAUUACUACGUUGAAUAGACGCUUUAUUUACAUUAUUUGGCAUAGAAAUUUAUUUUUAAUUAGUAUGUUUUACUAAUAAUAUUGAUCAAGUUGUUCCAUUGACGAUAAUGUCAUCCAUGUGUAAAUACAGUCGGGCGCCGUUCGUGUUUCCAUCCAGCGGUGAAGGGGCAAGCUCCAAUGGAAUCGUGUAUCACCAUAAACAAUACAUAUAUCAGUAUUAUUUUUCGGUGUAUUUUCAUUUCGGAUACAGUUUAUGACGAUAUUUCGAUUCUAUGCUAGUUAAAUGAAAUGCGCACAGUAUUCAUUGUAAUCUCAUCAUAUAUUGACACAUUACCAUUUGACAAUACUUGGUAAAUAUUAUUUUGUAAGUGUAUAAUGUGAUCGUCACAUCCAUUGGCAUUGUCUGUUACGCUCCAACUUUAGUAUUAAAUAAUAAAAUCACUAAAACAUUGCAUAUAUCUUUGUAUAAAUGCAUAUAUGUAAAUGUUACAUGUUUAAACACAUUAUUGAAUUUAGAAUUUUUAUGAAAAAAUAAAUAAAUAUCCGUAUUUCAAAUAUA